GUCAAGCUGCUAAAAGUGGGGGUUGUGCUAACUGAUCUUCUUAUAUAGUAGCAUGUGCAGCUCCAAAGAAAGCUUGUUUGUGGCUCUUAACACAACCAGAGUAGGCAUCAGAAUAUUUGUUUCAGCUGCUAGAUACAAAACAGGGGGCAUUUAUUUCAGCUACACUCAUCAGUUCAAGGUGCAACCAAGCUGUCCACUGGUGCAUCAUGAAAGGGGCUGGAGUUAUAAUGAUGGUCUUAUCAGGACUGUGUUUCCUACCUGCAUCUUAUCCUCGUAUCUACAUCCUUGUUGAAGAGGUGAAGACCUGGGCUGAAGCUCAGAGAUACUGCAGGUGGAAGUACACCGACCUGGCCUCUGUACAUAAUGAGCAAGACAUGGCUAAGCUCAAUGACCUUAUAGGCAGAUAUGACAACAUCUGGAUUGGACUGCACAGUGACACUGAAGCAUGGAAGUGGUCUCUGGAAAAUCAGGACUACUAUGGUGAUGAAGGAGAGGCUGGGUUCAGGAUGUGGAAUAAUGAUGAGCCCAAUGGUGAUAGAUACUACAAAGUUUGUGCAGCAAUGUUACGUACUGGUAAAUGGGUGGAUUUGAGAUGCACAUCGAUAAUACAAUUUAUUUGCUACAAUGAGUACACUACACAGAGCUUCAUCUGUGUGAAUGAAACCAUGUCCUGGAUGGAGGCUCAGAGCUACUGCAGGAAGCACUACUCUGACCUGGCCAGUGUGAGGAACCAGACUGAGAAUGACCAGAUGAAGAUGAUGGCCACCACGAGUCAAUACACAUGGAUCGGCCUCUACAGAGACUCAUGGAAAUGGUCAGAUGGGAGUGCACAUACAUUCAGUAACUGGGCUCCCAGUGCUCCAUCCACCUCACACAAAGACUCUUGUGCUGUUUCAAACUCUGGCAAAUGGAGUAACCAAGACUGCAACAGCAGGCGGAAAUUCAUAUGUUACAGGGUUCCCACAAUGAGAAAGCAGGUGCUGAAGGUGGUGCUGAAGAACACUCACUCCUCUGUAGACAUGGAGGAGCUGAAGGAAGAUAUCUUGCAGAAGUUAAGUGAGAGACUGGAUCGCGGCCUGACUGAAGGAGUCAAGCUGAGAUGGGUGGAACAGUCUGAUGGAAAAAGCUUCCACAAGAAAAACACAGACAAGAAGAAUUGCACUCCCAAAUGAUGCCGUAGAUGAUCUAUGCACUUCUUUUUCAUAAUGCUAUAACACUCUACUGCAUUAAACUGUAAUGAUGCUUUUGGCUUUAGUCUCAGCAUCCAACAUCUUCAUAUCCCGGUACCUGAUUUUACAUAUGAUGAUUAGCUAACUGGUCACAGGGAGUUCUACUCCGCCUGUGACGACAGUUGUAUAAUAAAUUUUCUCAGCUACAGUGAAUGUUAAAAUCAAGAGAAUGUGGAGUUUAAAAGAUAUCCACUAAACCACUAACCUUAUGAAAUGAACUACUGUAUUACAGAAAUAAAAAAGCUAAAAAGGUGUUGGCAUUUCUAUAUAGUAAAAUCUGUGAUGUUUAUUUUGGUGCAUGUGAAAUUAUUUAGCUGCUGUGCAUCUUUCACA